AUGGCAAUACCACCUGAACCCGCGGGUACCCACACCGCCCCUACCCGCUCGGGGCGGGUUCUUAGGAGGGGCGGGGCGGGGUCGGGCGGGGUCGGAACUGUACAGAAUUUUAAAGAUUUGAUACAGGAUAUGCACUUAGUGGACUUGCCGCUUACUGAUCGCAAGUUCACUUGGUUUCGAAGGCAUUCUUGCAGUCGUAUAGAUAGAGUUUUGGAGGAGUGGAGAGGAUUGGGGGAGAUACAGUUCACAGAAAAAUUGAAGGCUCUGACGAUUCCAUUGGAGAGAUGGCAUAAAGCUAAUUUUGGUGAGAUGGAUAAGAAGAUUACGAGGUUUGAGGAAGAAAUUAAGAGAAUUGAUGACAUAGUUAGCAAUGGGGUGUAUGAUGAAACAAUGGAGGCUAGAAGAAAGGCGUUAUUUACUUGUUGUGAGAGGUGGUAUGUGAGAAAGGAGGUCCACUGGAAACAGAUGUCUCGAUCUAGGAAAGCAAAGGAUAUGGACAAACACACAAGAUACUUUCACAAUAUAGCUUCAGCAAGAAGGCGGAAUAAUAGGAUUGAUACAUUGGUCAUUAACGGAAGACUGGUAAGGAAUCAAGCAAGGAUCAAGAUUGCUAUCAGAGAUUUCUACAAGGAAUUAUAUCACCAGGAACAUUCUCCUAGGUUGGGUUUCAGGGACGGUCUGGUGGCUAGGAUAAAUCAGGAGGAUUCUGUGAGUUUAGAGACGAUGCCGUCAGUUGAGGAGAUCAGAGAAGCUACAGCCAGGCUAUCGAAGGAUACCAAUAUCACUUGGGUGGCAUUGGCGCCGAAGUUCAUUGGUGCGAAGGAGAUUAAAGAUCUGAGGCCUAUUAGUAUGGUUGGGUGUGUAUACAAGGUUAUAUCGAAGGUGCUAGUUAGGAGGAUGAGAACAGUUAUGCUAGCAUUAGUAGGGGAGACUCAGAGUGCAUUUGUAAAGGAAAGGAAAAUACAUGAUGGGGGCACUUAUUGCGUGUGA